UAUAGGCGCACCCCUGCAGAACCCCACUAAUUGCAAAACGCGCACAGCUCAGCACGGGGGUGUGGUGGGUCCCUCUGGCGGCAGACUGGAGGAGAGGGGGACUAGAGGGAGGCGCGACUCAUUCUUUUUCCAGAUAGCCCCCCGCCCUUCCUCUCUUAUUCGCGCCCCUCCCUCUCGCGUCAUCCGCUCCGCUGCUCCUCUUCGUCGUCGUUCGCCCCUCCUCUCUCUCGCCGCCCGGGGAGGAGGGCGGCUCCGGCUCCGGUGAAGGGGCCGCCAUUGCUUCCGCUGCUGCUCUGGUUGGGGAAGAUGGUUGUCCAGGAGUUCACUGUUGAUCUGAACAAGCCUCUUGUUUUCCAGGUUGGCCAUCUUGAGGAACGUUACCAGGAAUGGGUUCACCAACCUAUCGUCAGCAAGGAGGGUCCACGUUUUUUCGGAAAUGAUGUCCUGGAGUUCUUGACACGCACAAAGUGGUGGGCUGUGCCAACCAUAUGGCUGCCUGUUGUUUGCUACUUCUUCGUGAAGUCUAUUCUGAUGGGUCAUACCAUUCAGGAAGUAGUUCUGAUAGCUCUGUUUGGAAUAUUUAUUUGGACAUUGAUUGAAUAUACUUUGCACCGUUUCCUAUUCCACAUUGAGACCAAAACCUACUGGUCAAACACCGCACAUUACCUUCUUCAUGGGUGCCACCAUAAGCACCCUAUGGACUCUCUCAGGCUUGUAUUUCCUCCUACUGCAACAGCAAUUUUGUGUUUCCCAUUCUGGAACCUGGUUGCUUUCUUUGCAACUCCAUCUACCACUCCUGCAUUGUUUGGAGGUGGUCUAUUGGGAUAUGUGAUGUAUGAUUGCACCCACUACUAUCUGCACCAUGGACAACCAUCCAAGGACCCAGCAAAACAUCUCAAGCGGUAUCACCUCAACCACCACUUCAGAAUCCAAGACAAGGGCUUUGGCAUCACCUCAACGCUCUGGGACACUAUUUUUGGUACAUUGCCUCCAUCGGCGACAACUGGGAAGAAGAACUGACACACAUAACAGAAUUCUUGGCAUGGGAAAUUCUAGGGCAUUUGUAAUAUAUUCAAGCGGUACGAUUCUAGUAAUGUCUUGGUGCGAUGGGUUUCACAUGUCCAUUCAGUUCGAAGUUCCUGUGUACUGAUGUCUGUUAAUCUUAUUCUGAUGUGAAGUGAUUUCAUUAGCUCAUCAUUCUAAGCA